GACACUGUCAAAGGAGCAGAGAAAAUGACGCUGAAAAGCGCAUUUUCGCUUCUUCUCCUAGGCUUUGCAGUUUGCGUCGCUCUGGCCGAGAAGGAUCGCAUCCCAGCACCGUACUUCACCGAUGGAGAGAAUUUGAGUACUGAGAACUGUGGCGUUCAUGGGGAAAGAGAUUGGAUAGUUGAAAUAGCAAUCUUACAUCCUGGAAAAUUGAAUAUUUGCUUUGGAGCAAUUAUAUCCCAUAGGACUGUUCUCACGUACGCAUGCGAUUUGCAGACAGAUGAUUUCAGAAAUGUAUCGGUUUACAUCAAUGAUUGCAUGCAAAAGAAUAAUUACAACGUUGAAAAAUGCACUGGAAGUAAAAUUGAGGUGAGAGAUGUGAUUUUGAUGAACAGCGAUCUCUUGAAAGAACGAGCGUACAAAUAUCCGAUGUACAUUUUAAAAACAAAGAAGAUGCCUGACAACAUAUCUCCAAUUUGUUUGUUCAACCGCGGCAAUCAAAUGGACUUGGUAGAGGAUCCUCAAUCAAAGUACAUUUCGUGGUCGACGGGAUUUCUUCGUGAUAUAAAUCAAACAUCGUAUAUAUCUAAUAUCGAAUCUAAACCUUACGGAGAAUUCUUGUCCUAUGAUAGAUGUCUCGUGAAGUUAAGUAAGCAAGUAGAAGUUUCCCAGCUCUUUCUUCAAACCCGGUUCUUGUGCUUGCGUCAGGAGCACUUUCUAGGUAACUUUUUCCUCGUGAAUUACUACCGAGGAAGGCACUUCAUUAGAGGCAUAUCAGUUCAUUAUUCUUUCGUUUACAACAAUUCCGCGUAUGUAGCAUAUAUCGAUAUUCUACCCUACAUCGAAUCCAUCGUGUGGAACUCGAAUGACAUGUCAGUUUUAUCCCCCGUCCCAUCUGUGAAAUCAAUCAGAGCUUUUAGGAGUUCUGACAACCUGAGUUUCUCAAAUUGUGGACGGAAAACAACAGCCGCCAGGAGCAAACGGGAGACAGGAGACGAGGUUGAAGACAUCAGGUCGCACCAGUUGAUAUUGGCCGGACGCAGAGCCCGACGCGGCGCACACCCAUGGCAUGCCGCAGUCGAGAGCAGCACUGGUUUCUCGUGCGGUGGAAGUCUCAUAUCGAAAAAGGUGGUUUUAACAGCCGCGCACUGUAUCGAAGGACAAAGAGCUGAGGACUUUGAAGUCACUAUUGGGAUGUAUAACAAGACUCUGUGGAAUUCUACUGACAUUCAGAUUAAAACACCCAGCAGGCUGAAAAUUCAUCCAAAGUACUCGAGAGGGAAGUUCCACUACGACGUUGGUCUCAUGAUUUUCGAAAAAGCAUUUGAACUGACUGAACACGUACACCCGAUUUGUCUGUGGAACGAAGACACCAAUCUUGACGCCGUCGCCGGAAGAGCCGCUUUGGUGGCUGGCUACGGGUAUUUUAAGGAUUACUCUCACCCUGCGACGCUCCAAGAGGCUGAAAUAACGAUAAGGUCACACUUGGAGUGCUACCAUAGUCUGAGGAAAUAUUACGGAGCGCGUUUGAAGCCUGGAGACAAUUUUUGCGCCGGUUAUACAAACGGCACAACCGUGUGCAACGGGGACAGUGGCAGCAGCCUCUCACUGGAAAAAGACGGAAGGUGGUUCAUUAGAGGCAUUGUCAGCUUUGCCAAAUCAAAAAAAGUCAAAAUUAAUGGCGAAGAAGCCGAAGUGUGCGAUCCUGACGCUUUUCCCUUGUUCUCUGACGUGGCUUAUUACAUCGAUUGGAUUGUGGAAUUCUCCCCUGACAUCAAUUUCGACUAUUUCGGGCGAUAAAUGAAUACUGAGUGACUGAAAACAAUUUUUGUAAUUUUUUACAAUAAAUGAAAUAGAUAAGCCCAA